AUGGUACGAAGAUCAGAACAAAAUGAGAAAAAAAUUGAUGUAAAAGUGAAAGAUAGAGGUGACUCCAAGACAUUGGCACCAAAGUUCAACAAUGCGAGAUUAAAAAAAGAGGAAAUUACACCAAAAAUGGUGUACCCUGAUGGGGAUUCAAAUAAGGUUUCCAUCAGCCAAAGGCCAGAAAAGAACAAAAUUAACAUGAAACCACUAAAAGAAGAUCUUAGACCUGCUGUUGCUGGUGAUUUUAAACCACCAAAAUUGAAUGUAAUAAUGAAAACACCAAUGCAAGAAAACAACAAAAUUCUUGAAACUGAAGAUGCCAAAAUGGAAAGAAAGACUGUGGCUAUGGAAGCACAAAAGAGAGCUGUACUGGAGCUGAAAAGGAUCCGUCAGAAGUACGCUUUGAAGGGAAAGACCUCUAGCGAACCCACGCAUCAGGUCAAAAGAGAAAGUCCUUCGAAACUUACUAGUGUCAAGAGUGAGAUGAAAAAUUCCUCCAUAGAACCAAUAAGUAAGCCUCAAGAUUCUCCACAACGUAAAGAAAAUGAUGAGAAUUGCGACACAGCAGCAAAAGACGCAACAGAAGAUGUAAAGAAACCGAAAGAAGGAACGAAAGAUAAGAGAAAACCACUUAUUAAAACUAUUCGUGGCAAAAAUGGUUGUCUAAAGGCCGUGACGUUUGUGGAACAGAAAACUAAACGCACAGUUCUUGAUAUAAAUAUUCCAAAUCCAGCUACGUGUACCAAGGUUGUGAACCCUUGUAAAUACACUGAUACCCGGUCUCUAGAACCUCCAAGUGUUGCUCCGAGCAUUAAGGAGAAGCCCGCAUAUAAUCGAAAAAAGUCACCCAGGAGGAGAGAAUUGAAAAGAGUUAGAAGAACUGCUGAUAACUCCAUUCAUGAUAUCCGGGACGCCAGGUCGCCAUCAACAGAAGUGGCAAAAUGGGCACCAUCGUCCGUGAAUCAGGAGACAAAGCCGUAUUACGAAGCGUGGGUCAACACGCGAUUGACUGCCAUAUCUAAGUACCGCAAAAACGACAAUUGGUAUUUAUACGACAAAGCGUUUUUGAAAUCAUUAAAAAAAUCCAUGGAAAGGCCACCCACCCCAGACCUGUUCUAUUCAAAUUUCGCCGACGAAAGAUACACAGGUAGAAUUAAGAUUAGGCAAAAAUAA